AGCAAAUUCUUUUUCGAACAGUCUGGCAGCGCUGAUACAAGAACAAGUCAAUCAGAACUGAGGCCGACAAGUGGAACUGAAACGUAAAACUAUCGUUGCCAGUUGCUAAAACUGGUGGAACGAGUGGUUCGCAACGAACAAUAUCGUUGCAUCGGUAUUAAUUCUAGGAAGAUGAAACGAAUUUUAAAAAAUUAAACAGAUCAAACUUACCACCACCCGAGAGCCACCUACAUACACAGUUGCCACGCUGCUGUUGCAAGCCGGUGCAAUUUUGCAAGUACGUGGCCCACCGAACAACAGUUGCGAGCGUGUAAUAUGGAUUAUCAGUACUACGACUAUUCAGAUGAGGAGGUUGGCAGCAAUGGCAACGCAUACAUUGAUCUCGACGCAGAGCGUCUGGAGAGCCACGACUACGUCGAUGACAGUUACGCCAGUGUAACGUACCGCCUGCUGGACAGCUAUCAGCACUGCAUUCUGCCCUCGCUCACCCAAGUCUCUGGCUACAUUGUGCCGCUGCUGCUGGGCUGUUUGGUGUGCCGGCUGCUUAGCGCUCUGUAUGCGCGGCGUGCACGCCUGGUGGCCGUGGGCAGCUGCAGCUGCAGAUGGCAGGAGGCGAACAGCAUGAAGCUGGGACCGCUGCACGCCAUCAAUGCGCUGUGCGGCGCCGGCAUACUCUAUGCAACGCUGGGCCAACGGAUGAUGAUCCUGACGCUGCUCAGCGGCAUUAGCUAUUUGCUGCUGCAACUGAUGCGCCUGGGCAAGGGACGAGGUGGCGCCGUGGCCAUAGCGGUGCUCAGCAUUGGCAGCCAGUUCAUCUAUGAGCUGGCCAUUUGGCAGAAGCGCGACGAUUGGCCGCAGCUGCGCGGCCUGCAGAUGGUGACGAACAUGAAGGUCAUAUCGCUGGCCUUCGACUUGGCGGCGACAGGCGCCGCGGGAUUGCACAUGCCAAACAUUGUCGCCUACCUGGGCUACAUUCUAAAUCCGGCCACCUGUGCGCUGGGGCCCUGGCUAAGCUACUCCCGCUACUUGGAUGCGCUGCACACCAAGCCGUCGCUGCGCCGCAAUCUAUGCCAAAUGCUGCUCAAUGUCCUACUCAGCCUGGUGGCGUUGGUCAUCAGCAAUUGCAUUGCGCCCACGCUUAGCGAGCUGAAUGCGCCGGCAAACGAGCAGACGACGCAGGCCGGCCGCUGGACGCACUGGCUGCUCAUGUACACCGGCGCCAUGAGCGUGCGCAGCAGCCACUAUUUUGUUAGCUUCCUCAGCCAGGCGCAGCUGGCAGCCGCCGGGCAGCAGCUGGACGCCACAGCGCUGCCGCACAGCGGUCGCUCCAAGGAGCUGCUCGGCGAACUGGUCGUGCGUCCCUGGCGCAUCGAGUGGCCGCAUUCGUUGAGUGCCCUGGUCCGCUGCUGGAACAUGCCCAUGCACGAGUGGCUCAAGCGCUACGUCUACUCGACGUCCAAGCAGGAGCAGGCGCACUCCCGCCACAGCACAAUGGUGGCCGUGUUCUGUACGUAUUUGGUAUCGUCGCUGCUGCACGGCAUGGACUUUCGCAUCUAUUUGGUGCUGCUGUCGCUGGCCACGUUCGCCGAGGGCGAGACAAUGCUGCGUCGUCACUUGGCCAGGCUCUUCAAUGCCUGCGUCGCGGUCAAUCCCUGCCCGGGCGCCGAGCGCUGUCGCUAUGCCAAUUGCCCGCGGCGACUGGGCUGGCUCAGCUGGAGGUCGUUGCUGGUGAAGCUGAUCAAUCUGUGCUUCACGCUGCUCGCCAUAUCCCACCUGGCCUACCUGGGCAUUGUGCUGCUCAACGAAACACUCGUCGCGGAAUCGGAGCACGAGCUGCCCUUCAUGCACCACUGGUCAGCGGCUGGCUACCUCAGUCACUACGUUGGCAUCGGCAUGUUUCUGCUCUACAUGUUCAUAUCCUAAAACUGGGAGCACUUACACUUAAGACUGCCUGCGAGAGACUGUGCCUCGCUCCC